ACGACUCUUUUGCGUCGGGGGAGGGGUAAGCGAGCGAGAUGUCGGGCUUUGGAGACCGGCAAUGGGUCUCCGACUUUGGCGUGGUGACCAAGACGCUCAACAGCCUCUCUGCUGAUGUCCGGGCCUGGCGGCAGGGGACUGGCGGUGCUCGGACGGGCGCCGAGCUGCGGUCGCGGGUGGCCAAGGCCCAGGCCUCGCUUGACGCGCUGGACGACGGGCUGGCCGACAUCACACGUGACAUCUCGGACAAAGAACUGAGGCGGCGGAGGGAUCAGGUGGCGAAUGCGCGGAUCCGUGUCGACGAGCUGGAGGCGUCGCUCGAGCGGCAUGCUGCGAGUGGUGGCGGGGCGGGCGCUGUGGGCGGAGGCGGGAAAAAUGUGGGGCGCGAACCGGCGCGGGGACCGGCAAGGCUGAGCGGCGGGCGGCCUGCAGGGCGGUGGGGAGAGGCGCCCGAGACCGAGGAGACGGUGGAUCUGGACGCGCGACAGCUGUUAGAGCUUCAGGAGCGGACCAUGCAGGACCAAGAUCGCGGGCUGGACAUCCUGGCGCAAACAACCCAGCGGCUGAAGACCAUCGGUGUUGCCAUUGGCGACGAGCUUGACCUGCAGAUAGGCAUGCUGGACGACCUGGAUGAGGACGUCGAAAGGGUCUCGUCCAACGUCCAGCGCGAGACCCGCGGUGUCAUGCGCCUGCACCAGGCAUCGAAGAACGGGUACUCGCUCUGCUUUAUCGGGCUGCUCGUCAUUGCUCUCGCGGUUGUCCUCGCGCUUGUCAUCCGAGGAUGAACCUCCUUUCACGCCUCGCCGGCAUGAGCCAGCGCCGCCUGCCACCGCACGUGAUGCGGCGGCUCGUCGGGGCUGCUGACCAGCGCCGCAGCGAGCAUAAACACGGCCGACGUGCCCA